CGUUGCAUGACAUACCCUCAUAUAUAAAUUGAUAUAUUAAAAUUUACAAUUAUUUCAAUUUUAAACAAAAAAGUAUAUUGUGUCAAAAGUGACGUUUUCAUUUUAAGGUUAUCUUUCAAUCAGAAUUUCCAAAAAAUGUUAAUCAAAAGAAUUACCCCCGAAGAAAAAAUUAUCAAAGGCCUGGAGACUGUUGGGUACACUGGGCCCCUUCUAAACAAGGCUGAUUUAAUUGCCGCAAUCGAUGGAGGUCCUAAAAGUAUUGAAUAUACCAAAACAAUAAAUUUUCUGACUAAUGAAAUACGGACGCUUUCUAACAUUGAUGAAGAAGUCAAUGCAAUCACAACACCUGAAGAUUCAAUAUCUUUUAUCAUGGAAUUGACUUCAUUACUGAAAGAAUUGAAUUGUCCAUAUGGACACCUCACUGAAGGGCAUGUAUCUGAUAGACUACAAAACACUUCAGAUAGGUUAACUGUUCUAGAUUAUUUAGUUACAGAACUAAUGGGUGCUAGGAUAUUGCAAGACAACAAGCCAGAGAGAAAAUUGGAACUGAAACUGCAAGAAACCCCAGAAGCAGCUGACUUGAGGGUCAUUUUACAAACUUUAAAGUUUCCUAAACCACCAGCCAAUUUAACAGUAUCUGCACUGUUUCAAAAGUUAAAUCCUACUAUUGGUAUUGUUUUGCAAAAGGCUGGUGUUAAUUUGGUUGGAGAAGGUUUGUUCAAGGGAGAAUUAUCAAAGCAACAAUGGGAGAUUUUGGAAGGUGUCCAAAAUGAUUUAAAUAAUGAAUAUAAAAUUAGAAGGGAAAUGUUAUUGACCAGAUUGGAUGUUACAGUUCAAUCAUUUCAAUGGUCAGAUAAAACUAAAGGCAAGGAAGAUACAUUUGAAAAACUGUAUGCUUCAAAAAGAAAGUUACUUAAGGUAGAACCAGAUGUUGAAAUAACUGAUCUUUUGUCAGCCAGGACUGAUCUAGCAAUUAUAGAAAAAACUAGUAGCUCUAAUGUUAGGAAAAAUACUCGCACAUCCCUCAAUAAAGUCAUAAUUGGUCAAGUUCCCGAUCGAGGCGGCCGGACCACUGAAAUUGCACCACCACCUCCAGAAAUGCCAUCCUGGCAACAAAGAGUUCCUGGUCCGUCUGGGGCACAGGGUGGCGGAGGUCGUGGUGGAAGAGGUGGAAAUCGAGGCGGUGGAUACCAAAGAGACCAACAAAAUAAAGGAGGCAAUUAUCAGAACAAGGCUUUUGAUAGCGCCGGCGGCUACACCGUGGAGACUCAAUACAGCAGCAACAAUAGUGGAUACAGGAGUGGAGCUGGAUAUGAUAACAGGGGCAGUGGAUAUGACAACAGAGCGGGGAGCAGUUACAGUGAUAACAGAGGAGCAAAUAAUUAUUAUGAUAACAGAGGAGGAAAUGGUUACAAUGAUAAUAGAGGUUAUUCCAAUCGGGAUAAUCAGGGAGGAGGCGGCUACAGGGCCGGCUAUGACAACAGAAGCGGAUAUGAUAACAGUUAUGGAGGCGGCAACAGAAGAGAUAGCGGUGGCAGUUACAAUGAACAAACCAGCAAAAGACCUAAAACCUACGAUUCUUAUCAAUCGAAUAAGACGACGUAUGCUGACCAAUAUGUGCAAGAUAGUCAGCACAAUCAGCAGUAUCAUAGGGGUGGAGGAAGAGGAAGAUCUAAUUAUGGAAGAGGACGGGGCAAUUAUCGCAACUAAAUUGUAACUGAACUAUACAUAUUUAUUCUAUUUGAUAUUGAAAUUUGAUUAGGUAAUGUUUUAAUAUCAGUGCGGUAAAUGUCUAUAACAAAUGUUUACCUUUAUUUUUAUUUCUUCAGUAAUAGUUCAACAUAAAUAGUAAUAUUGCGUACAUAAUAUGUAACAUCAUUUGAUUCUAAAAGGACUGCUGCAUACUAAAAUGUUUAUUCAAAUACAU